AUGUGUGUCGAUAGAAAAACGUUCUGGACAUCGACUCGUAUGUUUUUGCUUCAAUUUUCGGCCAUUUGGCAUGGCUUAAUGGCGAAACCAAUGUUGCAGCUUCGGAACGUCGGCAAGCCGUAUGCACUUACGGCCGUCCGAAAAACGAGGCCGCCCGGAAAAUGCUUUCGACUGGCGUCCAUCGUCGAACAGACGGUGGUGAUUUUCCUCCUCUUACACUGGCGCCGACCAGACGAACGAAACGAGCGGUUCACUCGGCUAAUACAGUUCAGAAAUUCGUCGUCAAAGGUGCAACACCAAUGGUGGAAAGCUCCAGAGUUUGUUCCUCGCCUCAACCACAUUGACAGUUACGUCGACGGCAUCGAACCGACGUGCAUACAACCGCAAAAUUAUGCAAUUCCGCCCGUUAUUUUUCAACCAGAGCGAAUCGGAGGGUGUGACCUGAACCUGGCGACGAACGUGUUUCCCCAAACCUCACCCGUUCCUCCAUUUUCGGCUUUUGGCAAGCGUUUUCCGACCACCAUUCAGCCAAUGAAUUGGACCACUCUUCCUUCGCCGUCGGUCAUGCCGCUGCCGGCAGUUCACGGCGUCCAGCCGUUGCACGUUUGGCCACAGAAGCACUUACUCCCUCUCAGACCUCUGCCGCCUGCGUUGCUGAACCCUCGCGGCAAUGCAAAGUUUCUUCAGCUGAACCAGAAAGGGAGCAUUCCGCCCGGAUACACGGCAAAUUUUACCACCAUCAACCCUGGCAUUGGCCCGCCCAUACCCGCGAUUUUGAUCAAGAAGAAGCGCCGAAAGAAGCCAAGGAAAAUCAAAUCCGAGUCCAUCGAGGAAGAAACUACGUGUAAUGUCCAGAAAAACGAUGAAUCCAAAGGCAUACAGGCGAAUCCCGUCGUGGUUAACGACAACAGUGAAUCGUCGAAAGAAGACUCAGCUUCACCAAAGUACGAAAGCCUGACGGCUUUUAUUUUCUCUGUUAGCAUAUCAAAUGUAAACUGA